AUGGCUGAUGUGAUGCCCACAGUGGCCAGAAACACCCUGCUUAGUGCCCUAGAGGAGAGGCGGCGGCAGCAGAUGAAGAAAUUCCUGCUUCACCGGCUGAUCUUUGUUGCAAUGCUGCGAGAAGAUGCGAGUGAGGGUGAAAUCACAGGUAUUGCAGUCAGUCUCACCAUGACCUUCGAAAGACGGAGCUUCCCUUGGACGCUCUUAACCAGCGUUUGUCACUGUGAAGACGAUGCUGGUGAUAACCUUAAUUUUGAAUCCUGCCCUAUCAGUAUUGAUCUUUCCCACUUCCUUUUUAAAGACUAUCAUGAACAGCUUUUCCAGAAGAUUUCACGAUCCCAUUUGGGGGAAGCAGCCUCCGGGGUCCUUCUCAUCUACUCCCAGAGCAUACUCCACAUUCUGGAGGCCUCCAGCGGCACCCUCUACCACAUCCUCAUGGACCUGGCCCUCUUUGAACAACAGGGAGCAGCGGCUUUAUUACGAGAUAUUAAGAUAAUGGUAAUGUCUCAUAACAUCCCCACCAGACUUUUCUCACAGUGGAAUGCCACCAAAUUGGAAGUCCCUGUAACUUUGGAAGAUGUUACCCAGAGCCAAACCACAGAAGAAGUUAUUACUGAGUGUCUUACACUUAUUCUCAAGAUGGGAGUGUAUCUUGCAACACUCAAGAUGGGCAACAAAGACCUGGGCGAGUGCCUCCACACCGCUGUGCCGGAGCUGCUGAUCCCAGCAGAAACGAUCCAGUAUUUGUGCAGGAGCCAAGAAUGUUUGAGCCCGGCAGAAUUUCUGAAGAUGUACAAGAAGCCUUUGCAGCCACAAAUGGAUUCAGGUAGCUCUUCUGCCCAGAGGGGAGUCCCCCAAGGUGGACCAGACAACCCCCAGCCCAAAAGGAAAGUCUCCCUCCUCCGCCAGGCUCCAAGGCAGCUCCUGGUCGACAGGAAGCUUCCACAGGGCUCCACUGGGACCAAGCAAGUCACCAUUUUUCUAGAAAGCUGUAGAUUCUACUUGAAACUGAAGACGUAGAGAGAUGGUUUAUGCUUGGAAAGCUGGUGCUUUGCAGCUUAAGUGCAAGGGCCUCCCAAAUAGGCAACUUUAAGGCUUGUGGACUUCAACUCCCAGAAUUCCUUAGCCAGCCAUUAAGAAAACCCACCCUGGGUGAGGAAUUUUGGGAGUUGAAGUCCACAGGCCUUACAGCUGCCAAGUUUGGAGGCCUCUAUUUUAAACACAAUUAGAUGAUCUUGGCAAUAUAUUCCAUUUAUCCUUCCAUCCCUGCCCCAGCUUCUUUUUAAGACCCCAACAUCUUUCAGUUAAAAUUGGGUGGGUGGAUGGAGAAAAGGGAGCCUCCAAAGAAAAUGUUCGAUGCAAAGAUCACGGCGUAAGAAAGGGACUUAUUUUAAUCGUUAACAAGGUUGCUCAAUGAAGAGUUACAAGAGAUGCCCCUAAAUUACCUAUGGCCAUUUCAAACUAGGAUGGCUGCAGGGGCCCAGUGGUCAUCCGCCCUAAUGACCCACCACAGGGCCACUGCAGCACCCCCUCCCCUCCCCUCCCCUCCGCUUGGGCCUCCUCCACACAUGCUAAUCACGCC